AUGGAUGCAGUGACGGAAGGUCUCAAGCGACAGCCUCCAUGGGCUCUCUUGUAUGUAGACGAUGUGGUGUUGAUGGCAGAAAACAGAAAAGAACUCGAAGAAGAAGCACAGAGAUGGAGGGACCAAUUAGGGUCGUACGGCUUAGAGUUCACAAAAAAGACAGAGCAUGUGGAAGUGGGAGGUCAAAGAUCGGGAAUAUGCAGCGAAGUUGAGCCAAUUAAAAAGGCGUGCCCUCUCAUUUACCGGUCGCAUCUCUGGCGAAGAGACUUCAAGAUGAGCUAUCGGCCACGACAAACGCACCCUGCGCGGAAAGAAGAGCCUUUACAGGAGAUGUAUGUGAUAAGCGGCUCUCAGUGCAACUUAGGUCCCGAAUAUACCGUACUAUGA